AUGUCUUCCAUCAAGUCUACCAUCGCCCUUGCUGGCGCCUUCGCCGCCACGGCCCUCGCCCACGGCACUGUCACCGGCUUCGCUGCCGACGGCAAGUACGAGGGCGGCUACAAGCUCAGCUACUACUACGACAAGAUCAACAAGCAGCCUGUGCCUGAGAUUGCCGCCUGGUCUGCCGAGAACCUCGACAACGGCUUCGUUGACGGCACUGGCUACGCCACCUCCGAUAUUGCCUGCCACAUCAAGUCGGCGCCCGGUGCCACCACGGCCUCGGUCGCUGCCGGCGGCAAGGUCGACUUCUUCUGGUCCGACUGGCCCGAGUCUCACUUUGGCCCCGUCUUCACCUACGUCGCCAACUGCGGCGGCGACUGCUCGGCCGCUGACAAGGCGACGCUCGAAUGGGUCAAGAUUGACGAGGCUGGCUACAACGCCGAGACCAAGACGUGGGCUGCCACGGACCUGAUCGCCAACAACAACACCUGGACCACCACUGUGCCUGCCACUCUGGCUGCUGGCAACUACGUCUUCCGCCACGAGAUCAUUGCCAUGCACGGCGCCGGUGCCGUCAACGGUGCCCAGAACUACCCCCAGUGCAUCAACAUUGCCGUCACUGGCUCCGGUACCGACUCGCCCACUGGUGUUGUCGCCACGAAGCUCUACACUGCUGAGGACCCUGGCAUUCACUUUGAGCCCUACGGCGACGUCAGCGGCUACAAGAUUCCUGGUCCCGCCCUCUGGACCGGUGGUGCCUCUGCUCCCGCUCCCACGACCCCGACGACCCCCGGCGGCGGUAACGCCACCGAGCCCGCCGUCCCCGUGACCCCUACGGCUCCCGCCGAAGAGGUUCCCUCGACACCCGUCACCCCCAUUGAGUCCUCGGCCCCGGCUCCCGUCGAGUCCUCGGCCCCAGCUCCUGUUGCCACUGAGGCUCCCACCACUCCUGAGCCCACCACUCCCGAGCCCACCACUCCCGAGCCUACCACCCCCGAGACUCCCACGACGCCGGCGCCCACCACGCCCGACGACGUCCUGCCCGAGAACUUCACCCUCAAGACCUUCAUCGACUGGCUGAGCCAGUACCUUCCCGAGGGCAACGCGCGCCGCCACGCUCGCGACAUGAUGAACUAG